UUUAAACAAAAUUAAAAUAAAUCGAUAAGUGUAUCGAUUGUGUCAUCUUUAGUUAAAUAUCUUGAAUUGUCAAAUUUUACGAAACUGUGCCAAACAAAAUCAGACACAACCGAGAAAAUUCUAAAAAAAUAUUUGUUAAAGAAAUCUGUCAGCUAAAACUGCGUACCGCCAAUUUGAUUAUUGUAAGAGAAUUGCGAAUUCAUUUUCCUCAUUAGCAAAAGAAUUUCAUCAGAUAAAAAUGUUGUUGCGCCUUGCAUUAUCUACUAUGCCCGUUCGAGCAGGACUAAAAACAGUAGCGCUAUCAAAUGUAACGAGAUGUGGUCCACUGGAGUUGCGUCUACAGAAUUCCUUGAAAUCUUAUAAUUUAAAUAUAUCAAGAAGUUAUGCUCGUGGUCCAACUCGCGGUCCAUAUACUCGCAGCGAAGCGGGACGUUCACCAACUUUAAAGGAAAAGCUAAUGGGUCCUCCUUCAGAAAAUGCGUACUCAAUUGGAAAAGGAGCAGCGGCUGGUGCAGCAGCAAUCGGACUUGGAGCAUUAUGUUUCUAUGGUCUUGGCAUGAAUAAAGAUCCAAGUAUUUACACUAACUCUAUGUUAUGGCCAGAGUUCGUUCGCGAACGAGUUCACGCAACCUAUGGUUACUUUGGUGCGUCAUGUGCUAUAACUGCAGGGUCGGCCAUGGCAGUAUUUCGUUCACCUCGAUUGCUGUCACUAGUAACAAGAAGUGGAUGGAUGUCUAUGUUGGGCACAUUUGCACUUAUGAUCGGUACCGGCGCGCUAACCCAAUCUAUCGAAUACCAACCUGGUAUUGGUCCUAAACAACUAGCCUGGGCUUUGCAUUGUGCCGUUAUAGGCGCUGUUGUGGCGCCAAUGUGUUUCCUUGGCGGACCGAUUCUUACCAGGGCAGCUUUAUACACCGCUGGCAUAGUAGGAGGUCUUUCAACUGUAGCAGUAUGUGCGCCGAGUGAUAAAUUUUUAUAUAUGGGUGGACCUUUGGCAGUAGGCCUUGGAUUGGUGUUUGCAUCAUCCCUGGCAUCAAUGUGGCUACCACCGACAACUGUUUUGGGUGCAGGCCUUGCUUCGAUGUCCCUUUAUGGUGGAUUAAUUCUUUUCGGCGGGUUUUUACUUUAUGACACCCAACGUAUAGUGCGAUAUGCAGAGAACCACCCACAAAUAUAUGCAAAGCCUUAUGAUCCGAUAAAUGCAUGUCUCUCGAUUUACAUGGAUACAAUAAAUAUAUUUAUUCGAAUUGCAACGAUCUUAGCGGGUGGUGGAGGAAAUCGUCGUCGCUAAACUCUUUAGUCAAUAACAAACGUGAUAAUUUAAUGCAAAAUCUAAGAUGCUCGCUUUAACAAUAUACAAUGUAUUUCGUUAAAUAUUUUCAAUAAAUUCAAUUAGAAGCCUA